AUGUUGGCUGUCUUCGUCGAUAGUGCAAAAGAAAUAUCGUUAUCAAUGCGCGCCGACUCGAGAGGUCUAGACCAGGUAUCCUUUUCAUUGGAGCGCAUAUUAAUUGACUGCAUUGGUCUGUUUGGAUCGGAAUAUGGCAGUAAAAGAACGGCAGACACACCGACUUCUCAGGUCUUGAACACAAUUUCAACUAAUUUUUACCUCCACGAGAAUGGCAAGCGAUCUCCGGGAAAUUCUCGACGAGACAUCGACAGAAAUAUCAUUUAA